AUGCUUCCUCUAGCUAGAUGGUGUCUUGACGAACUAGUAAAGAUUCUUGAGCGCAGGCAAAGAACUGACCAGGUUGUUCUUCCUGUACUAUUCUAUGAUACAGAAGAGCCCUCAGAUGUCCAGAAACAAACCGGGAGUUAUGCAAAAGCUCUUGAUGAACAUGAAGAACGCUUCCAGGAAGAAUUGGAGAAGGUCAACAAGCGGAGAGGAGCUCUUGCAGGGACUGGAACUCUAUAUGGAUGGGAUGCAUCUAUCAAAGAGCCCGAUGACUCCCAGGCACAAGGAGCAUAUUCAAAGAGGUUGCAUGACAAGAACAUACUGCAACUGUGUAUCUCCCAAGUCCCUGCAACAGCAAUUAGAUAUAAUAUAAGGAACCAGCUGGAGGAUAGGAAAUGA